UGUUCAUUAUCAUAAAACAACGAAACAUGCCUAGUAUUCGCGCGUAAAGAAACGCGUUCUAAAUCGAGCCGAAGCGUGCUAGUAAUCGUUACGCUAAAUUAAUUCUGUGCUCAAGGCUGAUUUUAUCGAUUAUAAGUGUGCGUCUGACAGUCAUGAUUUGUUGAGCCUCAGAUCAAAAUCGUCACGAGCGGGACGUCAAAAUUUUAUUUGGGACAAACAUUGCUCGAAUGUUUGACUUUAUUAUUUAGUCGAAAAUCUAGAUAACCAGAGAGUGAACAUAAUUGUUUGUUCGAUUUCUCGAACACUACGACCUGGCGAACUAAGAAUUAUAUUACGGAACUGCGUAAACGGCAUCUGUCUAACGCUGCGCUGCAACUACAGAAAGUUGUCGCUAAUUUCCUACAGCAUCGAGUGAAGCUACGCGCUUCUCCUGCGAAAUCGGCAACGAAUCCUGUAAAUACAAGCAUUAAUUACCACCACCACCACCGUCUUCGCAAACAGCGACAUUAGAUAGUAACUAACGAACUACAGGAAAUACCGGCAGAAAUCGGUUUGAGACGUCCUUCAUCGGCCGAGGACGGAUUUCUUCGACAAGGUGUAUUCCUCGGAUGCUAAAGCAGAGACUUGCCAUUUCAUAGAAAUGGUCGAUAAGGGGACGAGGUCCGCCGGGGCAAGCGCUCCGCCACGAAGCCCGGCUAUCGGCAUCGACUUAGGCACGACGAACUCGUGUGUUGGAAUUUUUCGAAACGGCAAGGUUGAGAUUAUGACUAAUGAUCAAGGUAGUAGGAAGACAGCUUCGCUUGUGGCCUUCACGGAGGAUGGCCUGCUGAUUGGUGAGCCGGCAACUAGACAGGUGACGACCGAUCCCGCAAACACAAUAUUCAACUUUAAGAGACUCCUGGGACGACGGUACACAGAUCCGAUUAUACAGAAUGACAUGAAGACCUGGCCGUUCGAGGUAGUAAACGAGCGAGGAUGGCCAAAAAUUCGAAUUGAUUCUAAAGGCGAAAAAAGGUGCUACUUUCCGGAGAAGAUCCAGUCGAUGUUGCUUCUUAAGAUGAAAGGAAUUGCCGAGUCCUAUCUUGGAGAGAUGGUCACCGAUGCUGUGAUUACGGUACCAGCCCAUUUUAAUGAGUACCAGAAGCAAGCUACGAGGGAUGCGGCAAAAAUCGCCGGCCUCAAUGUCAUGCGUAUCCUGAAAGAAUCCGCUGCAACGGGGAUAGCUUACAAGGUAUUACACAGUAAGGGAAUAAUGAAAGACGAGCACAACAUCCUCAUCUUCGAUUUAGGUGGCGGGUCAUUCGACGUAUCGAUCCUGUCCAUACACGACGGCGUACUCGAAAUGAAGUCCACGAGUGGAGAUACUCACCUCGGUGGUGAAGACUUCGAUAGCCGACUUGUAGAAUAUUUUGCCAGUGAAUUCAAAGCGAAACAUAGAAUGGACCCGACUUCGGAUAAAAUAGCCAUGCGAAGACUGCGGGUUGCGUGUGAACGCGUCAAACGCACGCUGUCGACUGCUACCGAGGCGGCUAUCGAAGUUGAGUCGUUUUUUGAGAACAUCGCCCUCAAAUCGUCUAUCAGUCGAUCAAAGUUUGAGGAGCUCUGCGGAGACCUUUUUGGCUCCACACUAGAGCCAGUGCGAAAGGCUUUACAGUAUGGAAAAAUAGAUAAAAGUCAUAUACAUGAUAUUAUUGUGGUCGGUGGCUGUACAAAUAUUCCUCGAAUACAGGAGCUAUUAAAGGAGUUCUUCAAUGGAAAAGAGCUCAACAAGUCGAUUAGUCGGGAAGAGUCCGUUGCUUACGGUGCCGCGCUACAGGCAGGUAUUUUAACUCAGGAUUCGCACAUCCUUGAGAACCUGCUUUUGCUCGAUGUAACCCCACACCCGCUCGGAAUCGAAACAGUCAAUGGCGUAAUGACGUUCCUUGUUAAGAGCGAUACAGCAAUCCCCACCAGAAUUUCGCGGGGUUUUAGCACAUGCUCGGAGAACCAGCCUGCUGUAACCAUCAAGAUUUUCGAAGGGUAUAGCUCGUUCACCAAAGAUAACAACAUGUUGGCUAAGUUCACCAUGACUGGAAUCCCACAGGGAGGUAACGGUAUAAUUCGAAUUGAGGUAACAUUUAGUUUAGACGCCGAUGGCACCUUGGAGGUAACUGCCCUUCACAAACCGACAGGUCGGCGAAGUAAAAUUACGGUCUUCAUAGACAAGGAGCAUCUGCUUGAAGAUGAUACGAAGGAUGAGGACGGUGUAGACUACCCCAUACAGGAAUACAAGGACGCUACUAAAGCAAGCAAAGUUUAACAGCAAGCAAAAACAACAAAGAUUGUUUGAUCGGCAAAUAGUGAGAUCGACAGCUAAUUUUUGUGUUAGCGGUGAUACACGGUUAGGAUCUGUAGUGGCCACAACAACAUCGAACAGGGUUGGCGUCGAUUUAACCUUAGACAAUUUGUAUGCGGAAAUGGCCAAGCAUUGUUACGUAUUAAUUCGUUCGAACUAUCAUCGCAAACAAAGACAAAACAUUAUUGGUGCCAUCAAUAAUGUGAACAUUUAUAUUAUUUGCCGCUCUUGUGUUUAUGCCCUUUGUUGUUUAUGCAAAAUGCCCGGUUAGGUCGCGCCUUGCUGGUGUCAGUAUCUAUUAUAGUUGUAAUUCUGGUCGUCUGCUGUAUGCGAUUAGAUUAACUGUUAACGUUGGCCGUUGCGGUGUCAGGGCAUCCGUAUUGGCACCGGGCAGGCCAGGUCAAUAAACGUCGUCGAUAUUAUAUAAAUAAAUAUAUGAAAGAUACAUUAUAUAUAUAUAUAAAUGUAGCUAUUGCCUACCUUAAGCGGUGAUCGAGUUUUUAUGGGUAUCCUGUAUUUAAUCGAUUUACUCAACGUAAAUGUAAAACGAGGGAGUAAGUACUGCCAACUAGACUUCAAUAAAUUUUCGAUAGAUUUUUC